AUGGAACUCAUAACCCUUCUCGGCACCGAUCUGAAAGUGUCUCCUGUGUGUCUCGGUACAUGGCAGUUUAACAAUGGUAUCACCAACAAUACUUGGGAUGCACAGACAGAAGAGGCGUAUCCCCGCUCUGAAGGUGUCCUAGGAAAAUGUCUAGAAGGAAGACGCCACAAUGCUGUGAUUGCAAGCAAGUAUGGUUUCCGUUCCACUGGUCCCAGUGAGAGCUACACAGCUGAAGCGAUUGAUGCUGCGAUCACUACCUCCCUACAGAGCUUAAAAACCAACUACAUCGAUAUCUAUCAGAUCCAUUGGCCAAACAUGGUUUCUGACUACACAGCCACUGUGGAAGAACUGAAGAGACAAGUUGCUAAAGGAAGGAUACAUUACUAUGGUGUCUGCAACUUUGGACCGAAAAACAUGAAGAGCAUUCUUGAAGCUGGUGGUCAACCUAUUUCUAACCAGCUAGGUUACAGUUUACUGUGGCGUUCAAUCGAACACGAAGUUCAACCAAUUUGUAAGGAGAAAAACAUUUCCAUUUUGGCUUACUCACCUCUACAGCAAGGUCUUCUUUCUGGCAAAUACCUGGCCCCUGACAGUUUACCUGAGGGUCGACGACGUGGCAAGCUCUUCUCUAAAUCCAGUACUACAAUGUCCCGCCAUGGUCAGGAUGGCCACGAAAAACUUCUAUUUGAAACACUUGGGAAGUUGAAAGAAAUCUGUACAGAAGCUGAUAUCAAUAUGCCUGUGGCCAGUCUGUCAUGGUUACUACAACAGCAGAACGUCCGGUCUGUCAUCGUUGGAGCUCGCAACCCAGAACAAAUCGAACAGAAUGUUAAUAUUGUGAAAUUGUCUCAGGUACGUACUUUCUUUAUUGGUGGUCUUUUCUUGUUCUCUGAACGGCAGAAUUGGAUGAGUGUGUUCUGCAAUGGUGUCUGGAUAAUUACGUACAGUUAAUCAACAGCUAAUUAA